CCUCCGCACAGCCGAACCACACGACGCAGACUCAAAACUCAUGGCGGACGAAGUGGAGCAGCAACCGACCACCAACACGGUCGAGGAGCCACUGGACCUGAUCAGACUCAGUCUAGACGAGAGGAUCUACGUCAAGAUGAGGAACGACCGGGAGCUCCGUGGUCGUCUGCACGCUUACGAUCAGCACCUGAACAUGAUCCUCGGUGACGUGGAGGAGACGGUGACGACGGUGGAGAUCGACGAGGAGACUUAUGAAGAGCUGUACAAGUCGACCAAGAGGAACAUCCCCAUGCUGUUUGUCCGAGGAGACGGCGUCGUCCUCGUAGCUCCGCCCCUCCGGGUGGGCUAAACCCUCCGACCACUUCCUGUUGUGAAGGAGCGUUUGUGGCAGCUGGGAAGUUUCUAACCCUGAGGGGAAAGAGGGACGGCGCUGUCACGACGGGCUGGAACUCAAACAUCUUCAGCCUCCGUCAGGUCCGACUCGUCUGUCAACACCGUCCCCGUUACUUUACAUUCAUGACACGCUGUACAACCUCACAACUCAACUUCCCUUUGUUGGGCUGCAGGGAUAUAAAACAUGUCUUAUCACGAAGAAAGAAAGAGGAGUAUUUUUUCGGACAAAGAGACCCCAUUUUUUUGUUUUUUUAUUCAGGCAAAAUAUUGUUAAAAACAGGUGAUUUCAGGCCAAAAUCUGAGUUCUAUUUCUCAGGAUUUUUUAUUGGAUUGUGCUCAGUAGAGCGGUAAAUAAAUCCCCAACGUCAGUGGUUGAACAUUAUUUUGAAUUAACUUGAAUUACUUCUUAUUCCCAGUCUCAUUUCAACUACCAAGCCAAGUUACAAACGUCUCAUCAUGGUUUUAAGCUUCAGAUGUGUGUGUGUGUAAACUUGUUAUUGGCCUGAUGUGUCGAGUUCUGAGGGGUUUAAUGUCAUUUCUUUGUUUUUUUUAAUUUCUCAAGUUAAACUUUUAUUUUGGUUGUAAGCAGAAGUCUUGCAGUUACUCCAAACCCACGAUCUGUGAGUUUCUCUGGGGCGGUUUUAGUUGAAGGUUUUUUUUUUAUAUACAUGUAUUUUUGUAGUGUGUUGUGGGACUGGAGAGCGCAUCGUGCUCAGAUGUGAACAUUUGUUGUCAUUUGGUUUCAUUAACUUCAAUAAAUGAGGUAAUUUGA